GUAAAAGUAGUUGAAAUUGUUUAUUUUUCAAUUAAGUGUUAUUUCGACGGUUGCAUUAAUUGUAACUUUCGUUGUUCAGCAAUAUCCACAUUUGAUAUUCCUCACGGAUUUGUUCUACAUAAUUUUCACUGUCAACUUCGCUUCUGUGACGAUGUGUCUUUCAAUCAGCGUGCAAGGAAUGUUCAUAUUUAUCAGUUGGAUGAUAGCCAUCAUUCUAUCAGUGAUACUGUUUAUAGUUGGAAUAAAGUUGAAAGUGGAUUUGGUCAACUAUUUCUGGCCAUUUUUGAUUUAUGGUGCUUGUAUCCUUCUUGCUACUGCCGUAUUAGCAAUCGUAUUGAAUGUUUUACCUAAUG